AAAAAAAUAAAGAAUAAAUUAAACAACUAAUCGCUAAGGUUAUAAAAUGAAGUUCGCAACUGUAGUAUGCAUCGCAUUUGUGAUAAUCGCUGUGUCAUCUUUGACUCCAACCAAAGCAGUCAUGGAAGAUGAGAAAGUGACAUGCAACCCGAAGGAGCUUCUAAUAUGCAUGCCAGCAGCAAAAACCGGAAGUCAACCGUCGACGGAAUGCUGUGGAAAAUUGAAAGAACAACAGUCUUGUCUAUGUGGCUACAGUAAAGACCCAUCGUUUAGUCAGUAUAUUACAUCUGGAGCUGCUAAAAAAAUCUUAGAGGCUUGUGACAUACCUAUUCCUAAAUGUUAAAAUAACUAUUAAUAUUAAAAUAUAAAAAUUUGUGUGUAAUAAUAUUUGAUUAUUGGGAGUUUAUU